AUGGAAGACGGUUUCGACGAAAUAUCUCCUUCAUCCUCGCAAAUAUCAAAUGAGGAUGUUUUUAACAUCGAGGAGGAGAUGGAGUUUUCAGGACUAACUAAGGAUUAUAGUAUAAAUACGUCAAACAGCAGAGUAAUAGAAAACGAGGAGAGUGGGAUUUUAAACAAUGAAAUGGUAGACUUAGUUUUAGACUAUGUAUCGUAUAAGGUUGGAGAGGGGAGUAAUGCAACAGGAAUAGAAAAAGUAGAUUCCACGAUACAAAAUUGUAGGAAUUCAGGAUUUAAAAAAUCCACAAUUCUCAACUAUUUAGUAAAUUCUGGGUAUUUGGAUUUAAAUGAAGGGGGAGAAAAUGGAGAAUCUGUGGAAGAUAGUUUGAGCUAUAUUCAGUCCAUGCUUCAUCAGAAAAGCAAAUAUAUUCCAGAAAAUGUUGAAGAAAUCACUCUAGCAGUUUCUUCUGCAACGAAACUCUUUAUUUUGGAACUAAUGGGAAAGAUCAACAAACAACUAAAUGAAAGUUCCUCAAACAAAAAACUUAUCACAACCAAACACAUAUAUGAUGCUUAUAUUAGUCAGAAAAAACUGAUUCCAGAUUUAUAG